GCAUAGCAAGCACCAAGCUGAAGGGCCAUCCUGAACUCCUAGUUUGCUUAGCGUAAAACCUCAGGAAAGGAAAAGGGACGAGAAUUCGAAUCGAAGAAAGAGAGAGAAAAAAAAAAAAAAAAAAGCGAUGGCGGCUUCGGAUGAAACUCCAUCGGCUAAGAGAUGGCUUCCUCUUGAAGCUAACCCUGAUGUUAUGAACCAGUUCCUUUGGGGUCUGGGUCUUCCAGAGCAUGAGGCAGAAUGCUGUGACGUUUAUGGGUUGGAUGGAGAACUCUUAGAAAUGGUUCCAAAGCCUGUACUUGCUGUGCUGUUUCUUUAUCCUAUAACCUCUCAGUCUGAAGAAGAGAGAAUGAUGCAGGCUAACGAGAAACAGGAACCCAAAGGUAGAGUUUAUUUUUUGAAACAAACCGUGGGAAAUGCUUGUGGAACUAUUGGGCUUCUACAUGCUGUAGGAAACAUCACUUCCGAGAUCAAACUUGUUGAGGAGUCAUACUUGGAUAGGUUUUUCAAAACUACUGCAACAAUGGAUCCAUCGGAGCGUGCCGCAUUCCUUGAAAAGGACAGAGAAAUGGAAGUUGCUCAUUCAGUAGCAGCUACUGGCGGUGAAACUGAGGCAUCAGAUAAUGUGGACACUCACUUUAUCUGCUUCUCAUGUGUUGACGGGGAACUUUACGAGCUUGAUGGGAGAAAAUCAGGUCCAAUUUCUCACGGUCCAUCAUCACCAAACAGCCUAUUGCAGGAUGCAGCUAAAGUCAUACAGGGCAUGAUCCAAAAAAAUCCUGACUCCCUCAACUUCAACGUCAUUGCAGUUUCGAAGAAAUCGGGGGGCUUUCCUUAAGUUGGAGCACAUUGGUGCCCCUCAAAGGUGGUUCAAAGUUUAAUGCAAUAGUAGCACUUGAUGUACGCAUCUUUGUACUGAACAAUUCCUUUUCCCUGUUAACACGUGUGGUAGCAUCUUAGCAUAAGCUUACUCAACUAGCGUUAAACUGGUUUUAGACUUUGCUGAUCAUAGCAUUGAUGUACUGGCCAAGCCUGUUGGGUAUAUGGAUAGAUUUUCAGUUUUGCUUAAC